AUAUGAAUUUUGCAAAUGAAUAACGAUUGGCUUUGACUGAUUCUUUGUUUUCUCUCCUGCUCCGAUUUGGUUUUCAAUUAAACAAGCCGAUGGUAUGAACCACAAUAGUAGCCAGACUUUUAAAGUUUGAAUAAUUCAUGGAUUAGAAUUUGCCUGCUUGAAAAAGUUAGAUAAAAAGAGGGAGGGGGGAUAAUCGACGGACAUAUUCAUAAGGGUUAACGGAAUGGCCACAGCGGCUUCCAAUCCUUAUCUUCCCAGCAAUAGUAUUCUAUCGUCAGGCUCGAUCGUACAUUCAGACUCUGGAGGCGGUGGUAUGCAGCCGGGCAGCGCUGCCGUUACCUCGGUGUCCGGCGGGUACAGAGGGGAUCCCACUGUAAAGAUGGUGCAGAGCGACUUCAUGCAGGGUGCGAUGGCGGCGAGCAACGGGGGCCAUAUGCUGAGCCAUGCCCAUCAGUGGGUUACAUCGCUGCCUCACGCCGCCGCCGCUGCAGCUGCAGCCGCUGUGGCAGCGGCAGAAGCCGGGUCUCCUUGGUCGUCUAGUCCCGUUGGAAUGACAGGUAGCCCCCAGCAGCAGGACGUCAAAAACAAUUCGGGCAGAGACGAUCUACACACGGGCACCGCUCUGCAUCAUAGGCCCCCGCAUCUGGGGUCCCACCAGACACACCCAGGGGCUUGGGGUGGUACCACUGCGGCUCACAUCCCCUCAAUAGCGAGCGGACAGCAGCAGCAGCAGUCGCUGAUUUAUUCCCAGCCGGGAGGGUUCACGGUGAACGGGAUGCUGAGUCCACCGGGGAGUCAGAGCUUGGUGCACCCGGGUUUGGUGCGGGGAGACACCCCGGAGCUCGACCACGGAAGCCACCACCACCAUCACCACCACCAGCAUCAGCACCACCAGCAGCCACACCACGGCGGAGUGAGCGGCCACGACCCGCAUUCCGACGAGGACACGCCGACGUCGGACGACCUGGAGCAGUUCGCCAAACAGUUCAAGCAGAGGCGGAUCAAGCUGGGUUUCACCCAGGCUGACGUCGGCUUGGCGCUGGGGACCCUCUACGGGAACGUUUUCUCGCAGACCACGAUUUGCAGGUUCGAGGCUCUCCAGCUGAGCUUCAAAAACAUGUGCAAGCUGAAGCCAUUAUUAAACAAAUGGCUGGAGGAGGCGGAUUCGUCCACCGGGAGUCCGACCAGCAUCGACAAGAUAGCGGCGCAGGGCAGGAAGCGAAAGAAGCGCACCUCGAUCGAAGUGAGCGUAAAGGGAGCUUUGGAAAGUCACUUCUUGAAAUGUCCUAAACCCUCGGCCCAGGAGAUCUCUACUCUGGCGGAUAGCUUGCAGCUGGAAAAAGAAGUGGUCAGAGUCUGGUUUUGUAAUCGGCGGCAGAAAGAAAAAAGAAUGACGCCCCCGGGAGUGCCGCAGACGCCGGAGGAUGUGUACUCUCAGGUCGGCAACGGACAUUUUGUAGUAGAUUACUUAAAAGAUGCAAGUUUAACUGGCCCCAGUGAACCGAGCGACCAGAGGGUGACAACUUCAAGUUCGUUCCAUCAGGUAAUUUUGGCGCACUAACAACAUCAACACGAAAGAAAAACAAGUGUAAGAAAUGAAUAUCGUUCCAUUUCUCUUUCUAUUGACCGUGUAAUUGAUGUGUUUGGGACAGCAGAAGCAGGUGUUUACGCAUUAAACAAAAAGGGACUUAAAAUCCAAGUCUACACAAUAAAAUUGCACAACAACACAACGAAGAAGAGUGGAAUCCACCAGCCUUCAAAUAUCUUUUACCAAGAGGACGGCAUGGUUAAAUAUAUCAGACAGAAAGCAAUUGGAGUACGCCCCCACCCCCUCCUGAAAAAGAAAGAAAAAACAACUGCUUAUGACUCUUUGCUCCGUCCGAUCUCAAAGAUCGCAUCUUUUGAAAAGUGUUUUUUUAUUUUGUGG